AUGGGUUUUGGGGAGAAAUGGAGGAAAUGGGUGGAGGUUAUUAUUUUCAAAAGUAACAUGUCGGUGUUGGUUAAUGGAAGUCCAACUAAGGACUUUAUUGUUAAGAAAGGAUUAAGACAAGGUAACCCUUUAUCGCCUUUUAUUUUUGUUAUAGUGGCGGAGGCUCUUGCUAGGUUGGUUAGAAAAUCAACGGAAAUUGGUGAAUUUGAGAAAUUUGUAAUUCGUAGGAGUUGUGGGGUGGAUAUUCCCCAAUUUGUGAAUGAUACUUUGUUGGUAGGAAAAGGGACUUGGAAGCAUGUGAAGGCGGUGAAGACCGUUUUAAGGGCUUUUGAACUUGUUGCGGGUCUUGGAAUUAAUUUUCAUAAAAGUAAGUUGAUUGGAGUUAAUGUCUCGCCUUAUUUUUUGGAAGUCGUCGCUUUCUACCUUUCUUGUAAAAAUGAAGAAAGUAACUUUACCUUUCUCAGAAUUUCAAUUGGUUUCAAUCCUAGGAAAGAAUCAUCUUGGUUUCCUCUCUUGAAUAAAAUGAGAAAACGACUAGUGGGUUGGAAGAAUCGCUUUCUCAACCUUGGAGGAAGGAUUACUCUUUUGAAGUAUAUUUUGAGUUCUCUUACCGUAUUUACUUUAUCUUUUUACAAGAUGCCGGUUAAGGUGGUAAAAGAAUUUACUAAGAUUUAA